AUGAGUACUCCGUUAAUCCCAAGCAAGUCAUGUUAUGCCCAGCUUCAGGACAACUGCAGCGAAAUAAAAAAUAAUAAUGAAAGCAUAGUGAGUGUGGGGGAUACCAAUGCCAACCAAAUUGUGACAAAAGUUAGAACCAAUGAAGGGGAUAUUAAGAAACAUGAUUUGACAGAUGAGAGUGGGAAUAUACACUCUGGAGUAUCAGAGAAAGUUACUCAUCUGAAUACAGAGCAGAAUAAACUUCUGACCUUCAAAGACUCUCGGACCUGUCACGCUGGUGUACAGGAAAGUAAGCUGCCCUCCACCACAACCAGGGAAAUGGGGAAAGAUUGUAGGACCAACAAAGCUAAGGAUAUAUCAAGGUAUAUCAGGAUUAGCCGAGGACAAAGUCUGUCCAAUUUAAAAAGUAGCACAAAUGAUGCCAACCUGGAGGUUAUUUCCAAAGGUGAUGUUGAUUUCACCCAGAACUUUUCUAAGGGUAAAAUGUCCAGGACUGUGGAGAUGGAGAGGAUAAAGAGGCUUUCUUUGGGAAGACCAAGUAAAUUCUCUCCUCAAUCUGAAACAUUUUCAAAAGACUGUGUUGGCCGCGUGUCAUGUAAACGCCUGCUUUCUGCAUCAUUGGACUCCAUUGACAGGUCGCACCAUUUGAUAGGAAAUACAGAGAAAAAACCAUCCACUGAUCAUUUUCUUGGGAUGGUGUUUCAUCCACUCGACAAUACCUCAGAAGAAAAUAUUGUAUUUUAUUCCAAACCAUCUACCUCAGGGAACAAGAAAAUAAGUAAACCAGAAAAUGUACCAAAUGUUAAUGUUGAAAGCACACUGCAUACUUCUCAUUCUCAACAUUCAGCUGUUAAGCCCAGUGAGAUUGCUAGUAAAUCAGAAGCACAAUUAGGUCAGGGUGAUAAAAGUAAAAAACUUGAGCUUAAGACUACACCAUCGCUACAAUCUAAGAAUACGUGUCAACAAAAGAUUGAGAGAAUUAUGCUGGUAGAGCUCCUGGGAUGUCAAAAAGAUGAAAAUACAGCAGUGCAGGAACAGAAAGGCUCUGGGUCUGACGCAUCAAAAUUUCAAGCAUCCCAUUUUCAAGACACUUGUAAUAAAGUAGAGGAUCAAUUGUCAAGCCAGGUGGUAGCCUAUCCUGAUGACAAAUUGCUAAGCGAUAACCUCACCAUCGGUGGGGAACGGAGAGGAAACAAUGACAGUGACAACAGGGCAACAGGCCAGGAUAGUGAGGAAUAUUUUACUGACAAAGAAGUGGAAACAAUAUUGCCAUUCAUCUGUGGUAGUAAAUCCAGUGGCAAAGUGACACCUAGAAAAAAUGAAAAUUUACAUGAAGUUGAUGCAGAUUGUGCUGAAACAGUUGGUGAACAGUUAUCUCUUAUACAUAACAUUAAUCUACCUGACAGCAAACCCUUGAAAGUUAAUGAGAAUAAACCAGCGCUAGUCAAAGGAAACACUGAGGAUGCUGCCAUGCCUGCUUCUGAUCUCUCAGAUCAGCACAGAGCGUGCAGUGCAGAGACAGUGUCAAAUCAACAACCUGACAACCAUGACAGUGAUUUGGAAACCUCGAGCUUUUCAGUUCCAAGUAAAAAGGCAGCAAAUGCACAGAAACAUCCUCCAGAAGAAGCACCAGAGAGCUGUAAGUUUUCAGCAAAGGCUGGUGCCUUUUUAUGUGUCCCAACUCCCACGCGCCCGGUGGCAAUGCUGGAUGUUAAUAGUCAGCCCACACUAUCAAACAGUAAUUUGAAGGACCUUUAUGCACUUCCUGUUGACAAACUGUCACCCUCCUCGGUCAUACCUCCCAUUGACAGCACGCAGUUGUUAAACAUAUCCCCUAAAGUGCCUAUCAAGCCUGCCUGCAGCAGCGCCAUCCCAAAACCUAUCCUGGUCCACUCCAAGGGCUCCCUUGCAGAUAAGGUGGAUGUGGACAGUGACUGCAGCGAAAAGGUGGAAGAAAGCAUCGAGAUGAAACCUGCCAUACCGAGGCCCAAACCCGUGAGACCUAAAAUCAUCACAUACAUUAGAAGAAACCCUCGUUCGAUAGAGCAGCUCGACCCUUCGUUUACGCCGGCAGGGCUGCCCUUCGGUACCCCUGCGUGUGGCAUGCCCAUCACUACAGAGCAGAAAGCAUCCAACGGAGGGGAGGUGAAGCCGACCAGCAUCCUGUAUGACAAAUUUAAACCCGACCUCCAGAAGCCAAGACUCUUCAGUUCUGGGCUGGUGGUGUCAGGAAUUAGGCCCCCAGGCCAUCACUUUGGUCCAAUGAGUGAGAAAUUUCUGCAGGAGGUUGGGGAAAGACCUGCAAAAGAUGAAUUUUGUCCUCCACCAUAUACUCACUAUGAGGUCCCACCAAGUUUUUAUCGAUCUGCCAUGAUACUCAAGCCACAGUUAGGACUGGGGGCAGUGUCCAGGUUACCGUCUGCAAAAAGCAGGAUUCUCAUUGCAAGUCAAAGAUCCUCAGGUAGCUGUCUCCAUCAGCAAGGAGAAAUAACGAGUGCUCCCAGCCUCUAUCAUCCUGAUGCUUCAGUUGAUCUUAAGAAAGGCUCAUGUCCAAGUGCUGCAAAGUCAAAUCUCCCCAAGCCAUGCCAGUCUGGACUUCGUCCUCCAGGUUAUUCACGGUUGCCAGCAGCUAAGCUGUCAGCAUUCGGUUUUGUCAGGAGCUCAAGCCUAUCGUCUGUCUCCAGCAACCAGUCAAAUGACAGUGCUCAGAGUGAUCAAAGCAGGACAACCAGCC